CUGCAGAUGGGAAAUACCACGGAAACUUCCCAUUUUGUUUCCAAAAUCCCAAAGGAACACGAUGUCUUCAUGGGUUCUAUAUACACAACCUUCUGUAUUCUGUCACUCUUGGGAAAUGGCAUCCUGCUCCUUGUUGCGUAUCGUAAGAGAUCAUCUCUCAAGCCGGCAGAAUUCUUCAUCAUAAAUUUAUCUAUUAGUGACCUUGGGAUGACAGUUACUCUCUUUCCCUUGGCGAUUCCAUCAUCCUUUGCUCACAAGUGGUUGUUUGGAGAGCUGACAUGUUUAUGCUAUGCUGUGUGUGGCGUCCUCUUCGGCUUAUCCAGCUUGACAAAUCUCACCGCUCUGUCGUCUGUCUGCUGCCUCAAAGUCUGCUUCCCAAGCUAUGGGAACAAAUUCUCCUACUCUCAUGCCUUUCUGAUGAUAGUGGGGGUGUGGUGCUAUGCCAUGGUGUUUGCUGUGGGUCCCUUAGCAAAUUGGGGUCACUAUGGCCCUGAACCCUACGGGACAGCAUGCUGCAUAGACUGGUAUGCGCCAGGCCAGGAUGCUCUGUCCAUGUCCUAUAUUAUCUGUCUCUUUGUCUUCUGCUAUGCCCUGCCUCUCGCAAUCAUCCUUCUCUCCUACAUUCUGAUUCUCAUCACUGUAAGAGGGUCACGACAGGCAGUACAGCAACAUGUGUCGCCACAGACCAAGACAACAAAUGCACAUAUCCUCAUUGUAAAGCUCUCAGUGGCGGUGUGCAUUGGUUUUCUGACGGCCUGGAGUCCUUAUGCUGUUGUGGCAAUGUGGGCCGCAUUUGUGGAACACAGUAAAGUCCCGCCUAUAGCCUUUGCUUUAGCAGCUAUCUUUGCCAAAUCCUCCACCACCUACAACCCUGUGGUGUACCUGGUAUUCAAGCCUAACUUUCGUAAAUCUCUGAGCAAGGACACUGCUCAUAUUCGCAAACGAAUAUGUUCCAGUCCGUGUAAAGGAAGCCCUGUGCCUGGUGAGAAGGAUCUUCAACGGCAAACAUCUCUACGCUGCAACAAGGAUGCCAGCAACUCUACUCGACUCUCCAAUGGCCUGGUGGACGGCCAUGGGGCUUGUCUUCAUUGCACAGACUCGGACCCUCAUUGUCAACAGACCCCACCUCAAAGGACUGCCCGUGUGCUGAUUGGUACAUCCUGCAGUGAGGUUACUGUGAGUCAGCUGCCGGAGAACAUGCAGGCUGACCUUCUGUGAAGGCUCUCUAGGCUCUCCUCAUGCCAGGACAAGUGUGAGGAAUAGAUGAAUAGGCAGCCUCAAAAUUAAACUUCGGGCCAGAAGUUUGAUGUGUCAGAGACAAACUGUGGUCACUUCUGAUACUGAUGUCAUGUAUAAGGAGCUGCAAAACAAUUGACCCUGCACCUUAAAAAGGUUACUGACCAAUCCUACCAUAGCAACUGUUGCUGUUCACAAUUUUUAUCAGACUAGCUUUCGUGGUUUUACUGAAGGCACAGUAAAACUUUGAUUCAUUCACUGUGAAAAAUAAAAAAAAAUAGUUAAAUAAGGUAAGGAGCUGCAAUUUUCUCAACUUCAGUAGUUAGUUGUACCUAAUUAAAACUAGAACUAGUUAGUUGUACUUAAAUAUAACACAUUUUUGAAAGGUAUAAUGGUUGAUCUUACUAAAGUUAAAUUUAUCCAUGCAUAUGGACCUCACUAUUUUUCAAUUAAAAGGUCUCAAUUAAUGAAAAUGCCUCAAUCUUCUGGUGAAACAACAGACUAUGCUACAUCCAGAACAUUGUGGCUAUAGGAAAAAACGUUUUCACAACUGUCUAGCCCUGAAAGUUAAUAAAUGUAUAAUUGUGUAGCAAAUGUUGAUAUGGAUAUAUUCAAAGAUCUUGGCAAACCUAUCCAAAAUGAACAUUAAUCACAGUAACGGUAACCUAAAAUGUAAAAACACUGAAAACACUACAUAUAUCAUCAACAUGUUAAUCUAAAUAACAAUUAAUGUAUACAUAUUUGUAAGUCCCCAUGUUUUGAUGAAACAUGCACAUUUAAAUUAUCCAAGUGCAAAGGAUUAUAGGUAUUCCUCUAGCCACAAUGUUAUUUUA